AGCCGGUCGCCAUCUUUACUCCAUCCCAGCGCAGCGCUGCCGGUGGGGCGGAACAGCAGUCAUCUACCCAGUUGGUUUCACGGAGCCACAGACAGACCUGGCACGCAACCGUGUUUUGCACUGAAGAUCCGUCACUUUCAUCAGUCAGUUCGCUACGUUACCCGCAUCUUGAUACACGAUGGGAGAGCGAGAGGAUCUAGUUUAUCAGGCCAAACUCGCCGAGCAGGCAGAGCGAUAUGACGAGAUGGUGGAGUCUAUGAAGAAGGUGGCAGACAUGGACGUGGAGCUCACAGUGGAGGAGAGGAACCUUCUAUCAGUGGCCUACAAGAAUGUGAUCGGAGCUCGGAGAGCCUCCUGGAGGAUAAUCAGCAGUAUCGAACAGAGGGAAGAGAACAAGGGUGGAGAAGAGAAGCUGAAGAUGAUCCGGGAAUACAGGCAAAAGGUGGAGAAGGAGCUGAAGAAUAUCUGUAAUGAAAUUCUGGAAGCACUCGAAAGGCACCUACUCCCCUCUGCUAAGAUAGGAGAGUCGAAGGUCUUCUACAACAAAAUGAAGGGUGAUUACCAUAGGUACCUGGCAGAGUUUGCCACUGGCAACGACAGAAAGGAGGCAGCAGAGAACAGUCUGGUGGCCUACAAAGCUGCUACUGAUCUAGCCAUGUCGGAGCUGCCACCCACACACCCCAUCCGCCUUGGACUUGCCCUUAACUUCUCCGUCUUCUACUAUGAGAUCCUCAACUCACCUGACCGCGCAUGCAGGUUGGCAAAGGCUGCAUUUGAUGACGCCAUCGCAGAACUGGACACACUGAGUGAAGAAAGCUACAAGGACUCCACACUUAUCAUGCAGUUGUUACGUGACAACCUGACACUAUGGACUUCAGAUAUGCAGGGAGAAGGUGAAGAACAGAACAAAGAGGCACUGCAGGAUGCUGAGGAUGAGGCCCAGUGAGACUAUGCCACCAACAGCCAACAACUUGAGACCCUCACCCCACCCCCACCCCCACGCUCCUCGUCCCUCCACCUUCAUCCUCCUCCUACUCAACCACCCACCCAUCCCUCUACAAGUCACCUUCCUCUUCGUUGUCUCUCCCUCGUUUUUCCUUUUCUUCCACCUCUGUAGCUCCAAGACCCAACAGGGCCACGGAGUUAACAAGUUAAUUUUUCUCUUCUUUUUUUAUUUUUAUAUUAGCCCUGACAUCAUUCAAGUAAAUACCACUUAAUUGAGACAGGAAAUACAAUGUUAGAAAGGCAGCGGUAAAGAAAGCGGUCCCUGGAUUGUUUUUGUUUCAUUUUGUCCCGGUACAAGCAGUUCUGAAAACGUUAUCUCUGGUUUCAUUAUUGUAUUUUGUUUUUGCUUUUUCCUCAAUAUUUUUAUCAGUUGCUGGAUGUAUUGAGAAUUUUUUUUUUCUUAAUGUAAUUACAGAAAUUAACUUUUAUUACUGACAAUGUUGACUAUUAGUUGUGGGAGUUAUUUUAUCUCUGUUUUUACUGAAAUGUCAUGCAGAUCAUUUGACCGUUUUUAGGGGCAGUUUGGAAGAGUAUAAGUGCCCUUUUUGUUAACUUAGUAGUUCAGAGGAAGUUGGCAAUAUUCGCGAUAUCCACGUGGGGCAAAGAAGUGCUUAACUUUUACACCAUAGUGAUUCUGUUGUCAUGUUUAUGUAGUUGUCUUUGGACUGUACUUUGUGCUGAAAUACUGUAACUGUGCACACGUUCUGGCUCUGAAGGUUUUCCUCUUGCUGGUGGUUUGAAUUUAAAAAAAAAAAACAAAAAAACUUGGGAGAUCUUUAACUUGUGUGAAAGAGUAGACUUAAUUUGGCCCCACCCUUAAAUGAAGAAGGUCAGUACUUGCAUGAGUUAAUGAUAAGAAUUAAUAUUCUAUUUUUCUUUUCUGCUGCUUUCCCCUGCUUUUCACUAGAGCUCCUCUGUGGUUCAGAGGGUGUCUUUCUUUUGCAGUUUCUUCUUGUUUUGCUUCAUUAUGUGUAACUUGGAGCUGAUUUGUACUACUGGAUAUCUGACUGGAGCCACAGACAGGGAAUCUGUAUUGUUCUUACUGAAACACAGCAUGGAAUUAACAUUAAACAAUCUAAAUUAAA